AAGGUUUGAUGGAAGAUGGCUGAGGAAUCCUCCUCCACCUUCUCCUCCUCUUCACCAACUGCUGCAACAUCUCAGCAGCAGCAAGUUGAAAAUCAGACUAUACUAACCUCCUCUGUGGCUUUGGUGCAUCAUGCAAACAGCCUAGCCAAAUCAUCUACCACCGUCUCUAGCUUUGCUAACCGCAAGCCUGGCUCUGCUAAGAAGUUAGUGAUCAAGAACUUUAAAGAUAAGCCUAAAUUACCAGAAAAUUACACAGAAGAAACAUGGCAAAAACUGAAAGAAGCGGUAGAAGCUAUUCAGAAUAGUACUUCGAUUAAGUACAAUUUAGAAGAACUCUACCAAGCUGUAGAAACCCUCUGUUCUUACAAGAUUUCUGCCAACUUGUAUGAACAACUGAGCCAGAUGUGUGAAGAUCACAUCAAAGCACAGAGUCAUCAGUUCAGAGAGGAGUCAUUGGAUGGUGUUCUUUUUCUAAAGACGAUCGACAGAUGCUGGCAAAACCAUUACAGACAAAUGAUCAUGAUCAGGAGCAUUUUUUUGUUUCUGGACAGAACUUACAUUCUUCAGAAUUCAGUGCUACCCUCCAUCUGGGACAUGGGACUGGAGUUAUUUAGGGCUCAUAUCAUAAAUGAUCAGAACGUUCAGAAUCAGACAAUUGAUGGUAUUCUUCUCUUGAUUGAGAGGGAAAGGAAUGGUGAAGCAAUUGAUAGAAAUUUACUCCAAAGCCUUUUAAGCAUGCUCUCUGAUCUGCAAAUUUAUCAAGAUUCUUUUGAACAACGAUUUUUGGAAGAAACUAACCGGCUCUAUGCAGAUGAAGGCCAAAAAUUAAUGCAAGAAAGACAGGUUCCUGAAUAUCUUCAUCAUGUUAACAAACGUCUAGAAGAAGAAGCAGACAGACUUAAUACUUACUUAGCUCAGACCACCCGGAAGUCAUUAAUUGCUACUGUAGAAAAACAACUUCUAGGUGAACACUUGACAGCAAUUCUUCAGAAAGGUUUAAAUAAGCUCCUUGACGAAAACCGAAUUCGAGAUUUGUCUCUUCUGUAUCAGCUCUUCAGUAGAGUUCAAGGUGGAGUUCAGGUUCUCUUGCAACAGUGGAUUGACUAUAUCAAGGCAUUUGGUACCACUAUUGUAAUUAAUCCUGAAAAAGAUAAAACUAUGGUUCAAGAAUUGCUGGAUUUUAAAGAUAAAGUUGACCACAUAAUUGAUAACUGCUUUCUGAAGAAUGAAAAAUUUAUCAACGCCACGAAAGAAGCAUUUGAAACGUUCAUUAACAAAAGGCCAAAUAAACCUGCUGAACUUAUAGCUAAGUAUGUAGAUUCAAAGCUUCGUGCAGACAACAAGGAAGCUACAGAUGAAGAACUUGAGAAACUAUUGGAUAAAAUUAUGAUCAUAUUUAGAUUUAUCCAUGGCAAGGAUGUUUUUGAGGGCUUCUAUAAGAAAGAUUUAGCCAAAUGCUUAUUAUUUGGAAAGAGUGCAUCUGUAGAUGCUGAAAAGUCAAUGUUGUCCAAGCUCAAACAUGAAUGUGGAGCUGCUUUCACCAGCAAACUUGAAGGAAUGUUUAAAGACAUGGAACUUUCUAAAGACAUCAUGAUUCAGUUCAAACAGUAUAUGCAGAAUCAGAAUGUACCUGGGAAUAUCGAAUUAACUGUGAAUAUCCUGACAAUGGGUUAUUGGCCAACAUAUGUGCCCAUGGAAGUCCAUUUACCACCAGAGAUGGUAAAACUUCAGGAGAUUUUCAAGACGUUUUAUUUAGGCAAGCACAAUGGCAGGAAACUUCAGUGGCAAUCAACCCUAGGACACUGUGUGCUAAAAGCAGAAUUUCAAGACGGUAAAAAAGAACUCCAGGUCUCUCUUUUUCAAACACGGGUGCUGCUAAUGUUUAAUGAAGGAGAAGAGUUCAGUUUCGAAGAAAUCAAGCAGACUACCGGAAUAGAGGAUGGAGAGUUAAGGAGAACACUGCAGUCAUUAGCCUGUGGCAAAGCUAGAGUUCUGGAGAAAAAUCCAAAGGGCAAAGAUAUUGAAGAUGGUGACAAGUUCAUUUGUAAUGAUGAUUUCAAACACAAACUUUUCCGGAUAAAGAUCAAUCAAAUGCAAAUGAAAGAAACAAUUGAGGAACAAGCAAGCACUACAGAAAGAGUAUUUCAAGACAGACAGUAUCAAAUUGAUGCUGCGAUUGUACGAAUUAUGAAGAUGAGAAAGACACUUAGCUACAAUCUCCUUGUUUCAGAGGUGUACAACCAAUUGAAAUUUCCAGUAAAGCCUGCUGAUCUUAAGAGGAGGAUAGAAUGCUUAAUUGACCAGGACUACAUAGAAAGAGAGAAAGAAAAUCCAAAUCAGUACAACUAUAUUGCAUAG